UAACGCCGCGCCCUGGUGCCCCGGGGCCCCGCCGCGGCGCUGCGCAGCGCAGGGCAGGGCCGGGCAGGGCCGGGCUGGGAGGAGGGCGCCUCCCCCGCGCCGUUCUUAGGCACCAGGUGCUGGUGGAGGGAGCAGCCGCGGGUCGGGGAGCUGCUCUUGGACAAGAACUCACAAUAGAGAUUGCUGAGAUGACUUCCUCAAACGAAUAUGGAUACAAUUCUUGGGAGCUCAUUGUCACAGUCGAUCACCAGUAUGAAGAAGAGCAAAAGGAAUUUACACUUCGGGUCUCGGGAGACCUACAUAUUGGUGGAGUGAUGCUCAAAUUAGUAGAACAAAUCAAUUUAUCACGGGAUUGGUCAGACUACGCUCUUUGGUGGGAGCAGAAGAAGUGCUGGCUUCUGAAGACCCACUGGACGCUGGAUAAGUGUGGGGUGCAGGCGGACGCCAAGCUGCUCUUUACCACGCAGCACAAGAUGCUGCGCCUCUGCUUGCCGAACAUGAAAACCGUGCGGCUGAAGGUCAGCUUCUCUUCGGUGGUGUUCAAGGCUGUCGGUGACAUCUGCAAAACCCUCAAUAUUAGACGAUCGGAAGAACUCUCUCUGUUGAAACAAUCGGAAGAUACUUUGAAAAAGAAAAAGAAAAAAGACAAGAAUAACAAAGAACCAGUCAUAGAAGACAUUUUAAACCUGUACAACUCUCCAGUGAUUUCAGGAUCACCAGCAAGUCCUGGUUUGUAUAGUAAAACUAUGAUUCCCAUUUAUGAUCCUGUCAAUGGAACACCAGUCUCUUCUACUAUUACUUGGUUCAGUGACAGCCCUCUGACCGCACCGAACUGCAACAUCCUUGCCUUCAGCCAUCCCAACUGUUCUCCAGAAACACUGGCUGAAAUGUACCAGCCUCGGACCUUAGCUGACAAAGCCAAACUUAAUGCAGGCUGGCUGGAUUCAUCACGAUCGCUUAUGGAACAAGGCGUCCAGGAGGACGAUCAGCUUCUCUUACGCUUUAAGUACUACGCUUUCUUUGAUCUGAAUCCAAAAUAUGAUGCGGUGCGAAUAAACCAGCUAUAUGAACAAGCCCGGUGGGCCAUCCUAUUAGAAGAAAUUGACUGCACAGAGGAAGAAAUGUUGAUCUUUGCUGCAUUACAGUAUCACUUAAGCAAGUUAUCGUUAUCAUCAGAGGCACAAGACUUCACAAAUGAAUCUGAAGUAGAUGAAGUGGAAGCUGCGCUUUCCAAUCUGGAAGUAACGCUAGAAGGUGGAAAAAUGGAUAACACUUUGGAGGACAUUACAGACAUACCGAAACUUGCAGAUAAUCUCAGGCUAUUUAGGCCCAAGAAGCUAAUGCUAAAAGCCUUCAAGCAGUAUUGGUUUGUCUUUAAAGACACUUCAGUAUCUUAUUUUAAAAACAAGGAAGCUGGGCAGGGGGAACCCAUUGAGAAGCUAAACCUAAAAGGAUGUGAAGUUGUACCGGAUGUAAAUGUAGCCGGGAGAAAAUUUGGAAUUAAAUUACUCGUUCCUGUUGCUGAUGGCAUGAAUGAAGUGUAUUUGAGAUGCGAUAAUGAGAAUCAAUAUGCAUGCUGGAUGGCUGCUUGUGUCUUAGCUGCGAAAGGCAAAACAAUGGCAGACAGCUCUUACCAGCCCGAGGUGCAUAAAAUCCUUUCAUUCCUGAGGAUGAAGAACCGGACCACGUCUCCGCAGGCGGUCUCCGAUCCAGAGAGCGUGGACAUGAAACCGGAACGCUUUGUCUCACCACGAUAUGCCAAAAAAUACAAGUCCAAACAGUUGACCGCCCGCAUUCUGGAAGCCCACCAAAACGUGGCACAGAUGCCGCUAGUGGAAGCCAAGUUGCGUUUUAUCCAGGCGUGGCAGUCCCUCCCUGAGUUCGGUUUAACAUACUACAUUGUAAGGUUUAAAGGAAGCAAGAAAGAUGAUCUGCUGGGAGUUUCCUAUAACAGGCUGAUUAGGAUCGAUGCAGCCACUGGGGAUCCUAUCACAACAUGGAGAUUCUCCAGUAUGAAGCAGUGGAAUGUGAACUGGGAAAUACGUCAGGUUGCAAUUGAGUUUGAUCAGAAUGUGUCCAUUGCUUUCACGUGCCUGAGUGCAGAUUGCAAGGUUGUCCAUGAAUACAUUGGAGGUUACAUCUUCCUGUCCACUCGUUCCAAAGACCAAAAUGAAACACUGGAUGAAGAUCUGUUCCAUAAAUUAACUGGAGGACAGGAAUGAGGUGAAGCAACAUGUUUGUUUGCUGGCAAAAAGGAGCAGACAAUAUAUAAGAUUUUCUCUCUUAUACUGUUACUUCUGUUGGCUGAUGGAAUAGCAGACCGUGUACUUAUCCUGUGUCAAAGGGAUGGAAUAAGGUGACUCUCGAUCAACAUUAGGGAAAUAAGACUUCUUUGGUUGGUUGUUUUCGUGCUACGUGAAGAUUUCACCAAAGGUUCACUUUAUCUUGAUUGUUGAUGGACAUUUCCCAUUCUUUCCUGUUUAACGUAGAUGACCUAUUUUAGCAUCCUGAACAAGGAAUUUGAGGAUAUUGGGAUACACUGUCCUGUUCUGUUACACUGGUGCAACUGCCAUUGAUUUCCCAUUUUCUAGGUUAUCUCAGGAUUAAUAGAGCUAAGGCUACAUGAAUAUACAUUUGAAAGCUAUAUUACUGGAACAAAAUACUACCUAUCAUAUACAUAGGAUGGUCCUUUCAGUACUCUGUGAUCUGUCUUGCACAUGGAACUAUCAAGCUCUGAGGAUCAGUUAAGGACCCAGUCCUGCAAAUGCUUAUUGCUAUUGUUGGACUAUUCACAGGCACGAAGUCACACUGAAGUCAAAGGGACAACUCCUGUGCAUAAAGUUAAGCACAGGUAUUAAUCUUGGCACUUAAACAUUAGUCUUUUGGGGAAUAUUUUCAUUUUGAUGUUAAAAUAAUUGUUUUAAUAGCUAUUUCUCCAUUAUUUAACACUUUACAAAGGCCUGUAAACGUGCUUCCUCGCUAUUUUAUGAACGUGGCAUUAAAUUCUGGGCAAAAGUGAUUACAUGCCAUUAUCUACUUGAGACCUGAAUUAUCUGUGGGAA